AGUUAUCUAACUGUGCCAGGUGUGCUUCUUAACACAGACGUGAAAGGGAGACAGUAAGAGUAAGAAGUGUGUUUACUGAAUUUGUAACAUGGCUGCUGAAGCUUCAUCUCUGGACGAGGAGCUCUGCUGCUCUGCCGACAUCCUCAAGGAUCCCGUUGUCCUGAAGUGCAGCCACAGUGUCGGUAAAGCCUUUCUGCAGAAGUUCUGGGAAAAGAAGAAAUCUCAGGAGUGUCCAGUAUGCAAGAAGAAGUCCUCCGUUAACGAUCCUUCUCUAAACCUGGUUUUGAAAAACAUUGUAGAUAACAGUUUAAAACACAAGACUGCAUCUCACUGCAGUUUCCAUGGAGAGAAACUUCAGCUCCUCUGCGAGGACGAUCAGGAUCUCCUCUGCGUGGUCAGUCAGACUGCAAAGAAACACAGAAACCACCAGCUCUGUCCAGUGGGAGAAGCUGUACAGGAUAAGAAGGAGGAUCUCAGGGCUUCACUGAUUCCAUUAAAAGAAAAGCUGGAGAAGUUUACAAACGUUAAACAAGAGUGUGAGAAAACAGUCAAACAUAUCAAGAGUCAGUCCCAGCAAACUGAGAAGAGGAUAAAGGAGGAAUUUGAGAAACUCCAUCAGUUCCUGAGAAAGGAAGAGGAGGCCAGACUGGCUGUACUGAGAGAGGAAGAGGUGCAGAAGAGCCAGAGGAUGAAGCAGAAGGUAGAAAACAUCUCCAAACAGGUCUCCAACCUGUCAGAGAAGAUCAGGGAUAUAGAGAAGGUCAUGGAAGCUGAGGACUUCUCAUUCUUGAAGGCCUACAAGGACAACAAAGAAAGAGCCCAGUGUUCACUGCAGGACCCAGAGCUGCCUUCAGGGGCACUAAUAGAUGUGGCCAAACACCUGGGGUCUCUGAAGAUAAGAGUCUGGGAGAAGAUGCUGGGCAUUGUGCAGUACACUCCUGUGACUCUGGACCCAAACACUGCACACGCCAAGCUCUCUGUGUCUGAUGAUCUGACCAGCGUGAGACACUCUGGAGUUAAACAGCAACUUCCUGACAGCCCAGAGAGAUUCUUUCCCUGUCCAUGUGUGUUGGGCUCUGAGGGGUUUAACUCAGGAAAACACAACUGGGAGGUGGAUGUGGGAGACAAAACUGAGUGGACUGUAGGAGUAGCAAAAGGAUCUGUUAACAGGAAAGGGGGGAUUAUAUGCAGCCCUGAAGAUGGAUUAUGGGUUUUAAAUCUGAAGAAUGGUGAUGAGUAUAAAGCAGGUACCUCACCAGCAACCCCCCUCAGCGUGGAGCGGAAACCGCAGAGGGUCAGAGUGCAGCUGGACUAUGACAGGGGGGAGGUGUCCUUCUUCAACCCCGCUGACAUGUCACUCAUCUAUACCUUUAAAGACACAUUCACUGGGACACUGUUUCCAUUUUUCUGUCCAUAUCUGAAUAAUAAUGAAAGCAACACUGGAGCCCUGAAGAUCUGCCCAGUAAAGGCGUCCGUGACAGUGAUUUCAUCCCAGUAAAUGUGUCUGUGACAGUGAUGUCAUCCCAGUAAAGGUGUCUGUGACAGUGAUGUCAUCCCAGUGUCAAGAGUGUCUCAGAUCCUCUAUGAACUGGGUAAGCUGGGAUGUCCUGGGACGAGGUGAAGCAUCUGUCACCUGUUUAGGGUUGGAUUAUACUGUAAGGAGUGGGAAAGGUAUCAAGUAAAAGUUACCCAUUUUCUAAUUGUGUUUUUCUAUAUCAAUUAGUGCUGUAGGAAAUAGUUUGUAUUCACUCUGUCGAUGAGUCAUGACCUUGUACCUAAUCAUUCGGCUUCAGGCAAAAGCAUCUUUUAAAUGAAUAAACGUAAAUGUGCUUAACCAACGCUUUUAAGAUCUAAAAGUUUCUAGAAGAGCAGCUUGGCAAGCAGAGUUGAAACAGUGAGAGGUUAAAGGUUCAGUGUCAGAGACCCAGCCAGCUUCAGUCUGUAGCUGCUGCUUCCACACAUCGGCCUCCUCAGACCCCGACUGACACGGCUGGCUCUGCAGCAGCCCUGCUGGAGAUGUAGUUCACUCAGUUUUAUCCUCUGAUUUGGUCGGACUUAAUACGUCAUGUUAGGUGGGGUCUACGGUGCAGUGUGAACUGCUGCUGCAGCCUGAGGGAGAAAAAUGUCACCACGAGGAGGCGCUGUGGUCCCUCAAACAGGAGCAUGUGCUAAUAACUGUGCUCAGGGUAGAGUAAUGCAUGAAGGAGACGCAGACUUGGGUUCUUCUCACACCUGCCUUCCCUACUCCUCCUACUCCUCACUGCUCCUGUCUUCUUUGUCACUCCUCUGCCCUUCUCUUUCCUCCCAUCCCUGCUUUGUCAUCACUGUGUUGCUGUGGGUCGCUUACACACUCAGCAGUGACACACACUAAUAACAAAACCCACCGCGGUUUGCACGCGUGCAGUUAGCACGCAUGCAGCUAGCAUGUUCCCCCCCGUGUUGUGCAGGGUUCCUCCAGGUACUCUGAUCUCCCGCAGUGUAAGGGCAUGUAGUUAUGUUAAAUGGCAUCUCUAAAUUGCUGAGUGUGUCUGCGUGUUUUGAGACAGACUGUUAUGCCAUGCAGGGUGUUCCCCAGCCUUGUUCAGGCCCCCAAUAGCCCUGGACUGCAUAAGCUUUGUUCAUAUCCACACAGCACACACUGCAUAUACAGAUGUUUGUGGUCAAGAAUAAAAGCGUUAGCUGUCUCACAUA